AUGCUCACUAAUCUGCCUGAUCGGCUAGUAAAGGUUUGCACUCUGCUCAUUGGUUGCGAGCAGUUUGCUCUCUAGAUUUUGGUGAAUGUGAACAUCCACGCAGAAGAGGAGUUGCGUUUUACAGAGAGCAUCUACAACUUCUCAGCGGUGACCUAUAGUAACGUGGGUGCCAUUUGCGGUAAGGUCACCGUGAUGCACGAAACCUAUGCCCCACCAAUCGCUCUUGUGGAUUAUCAGUGCGGCUACUCCCUUCUUGCUGGUGAUAUGGUUCCCUUCACUGUGGACUCUCACGGUAAGACCAAUUUUAACGACUCUCGCGACACAGGCUUUGUAAGCAAAUAUCACCUGCCCGGGGGAAAACGUUAUGAUCACAAACACCUGGUUUUGCUGUGCCACAAUAACAACUUAUGGGUGUGCAAUAUCUGCCACUAG